AGUGGGGAAGUUUCGGCAGUGGGGAAGUUUCGGCACCUGCCAUUUUAUGUAUUGAAAAAGGGAAUUUUUGUGUUAUUUCUUCUUGAAAGGUUGGUACUUCAUAGAGUGUUCAAUGGAGGAUUUGUACCAUUUUGAUGCUGCAGCUGUUGAUAUGAUUUAAUAAUUCAAGAAAUAUUUCAAUCAAAAAGAUGCCACGUAUCUACAUUAAGAAAACCAACAGAACAUCCAUAGAUGAGCAGGAGGUGAAGAAAGCCAUCAUUGACAUCUUCAACAAUGUGAAGAGCAUCAAAGGCGCCAGUGAGUUCUACAAUAUUAAAAGACAGACAUUACAGAGUAGGAUCAAGAAAAUAACUGCUGUUACAACUAAAGAAGAUUGGCUGAAAAAUGCUGAGGAUUCUGGACAGGAGAGUGAAGAAGAAAAACCGUCAUUUGCUAAUAAAUAUGCAGCUAGGCAAGUAUUUAAUGUUAUGGAAGAGCAGAAAUUGGCAGAGUACAUCAAGAACUGUUUUGAGCUCCACUAUGGAAUGAACUACAAACAAAUUCAAGAGUAAGCUUUUGAA